GCUCUGAUGCAUCAAUGAUGGAGAGCUAAGGAACUGUACGAGAGCGUUAUAUUUACAUACUCAACGGAGAAUCCUAAAGCGUUUUUCUUUUUACAUUUUAACAGUGCGUUCAGGAAUUCUGAACACUUUUUUACAUUUUAUUUGAAGUGACACAGAGUGCUACGUUAACAGAUCACAAUGAUGAGCAAACCUUAUGGAAAACCAGGGGAUGUGACUGAGCUGGUCAGCUCCCUUGGAUGGAUGGAAGAGGACCUCAGCUCACAGGAUGGUGACCAGACAGAUGAAAUGGGAGAUCAAUAUGCACUGAACAGGACUAAUCGGGGACCUGUGGAACUGGGCAGUGAGGAUAUGGAGGAAGAAGAUGAUGAGGAAGAUGACGAAGUGGGUCUUGAUGGAGAAAAGGCACCCAAGCGGAGAGGUCCUAAAAAGAAGAAAAUGACCAAAGCCAGACAGGAACGUUUCCGUGCACGCCGCGUCAAGGCCAACGCCAGGGAACGUUCACGCAUGCAUGGGCUGAAUGACGCACUGGACACCUUGAGGCGCGUUAUGCCUUGUUACUCAAAGACCCAAAAGCUCUCCAAAAUCGAGACCCUGCGGCUGGCCCGCAACUACAUCUGGGCCCUGUCUGAGGCUCUGGAGAGUGGCCAGUCAACUGAGAGCAAUGGUUUUGUAGAAAUGCUAUGCAAGGGGCUUUCACAACCUACCAGCAACUUAGUGGCUGGCUGCCUCCAACUGGGACCCUCAACCAUGCUGCUGAACCAACUGGAUGAGAAGUGUGCCAUACCGGGUGCGGGGGGUCAGCAGGGUCACCCCAUUAGCUAUCCCUCACCAGGACUGCCCAGCCCACCCUAUGGGUCAUUGGAGGCCUCACACUUACUACAUCUAAAAGGUUUCAAGGGGGCUGUCUAUGAGAAUUCCUCACCCAACGAAUGCAGCAGUGGCACCCCACCUUACGACGGCCCUCUCACGCCUCCUCUCAGCAUCAGCGGCAACUUCGCUGUAAAGCGGGAGUCCUCACCACACGAGACAGAGAGGAACUUUACACCUCACGCUGCCCAUUACCUCUCUUCACACCCUUACCCACCGUCUUCCUUGGCAGGUCUUCCAGCUCCUCAGGGUCACACACUGUUCCCAGGCUCCCGUUACGAGCUUCCUUUAGAAAUGGCUUUCGAGCCGUUUGCCCCAUCGCACGUGGUGACAUCACAGAUAAGCACCAUUUACAGCGAAUGAACAAAUGACCACCAGAGACAUUCAGCAAAUCCAUUUCCUCAGCAGGCCUCCAGGGGCCCGGCACAUUUAAGGAGACACUUUGCAUGUAUCCUGUCUGAGCUAUUAAGAGACCAUAUAGCGAUCACUGAGAAACAUGUAACUUACCUGUGGCAAUUGAAGUACUGAGAAAGAGAUGCAUAUUUUUUGUUAAUUUAUUCUUGUUUUGUCAUUAUUGAGUUUGUUACUAUUUUAAUUGUCAUUUUCUGGAAUUUCUAUUCUGUAUACAUGUGAUGUUCCCAUCAAACUGGAAGAUUUUGUUUGUGCACAUGCCAUAAAAAUGCAGCAAAUUGACACAUACACAAACAGCUCCUCUUAGUGGGUUAUUGGAAGGUACAAAAUAAAAAAUAAUUUAGACGUGUAUGAUGAGUUUUUAGUCGAAACUCAAUAUAUUCAGCCCUGUUUAACCAGAUGCUGAUUUUAAUAAGUUUUUCCCCAAACAAACAAAACGACAGAAUGAAGGAAAAGGAAAUAAAUUUAGCACAAUACUUUUUGCCAUAACAAAACAUUUAUUUAUGACUGUAUUUAAUAUUUAUUUUAAUGACAAUUGUACAAGCAAUUUGUCGGCACUGUUUUAUUGUUUUUUGGUACACUGCCAGUCAAUGCUACCAAUACUCAUAAAGUAUCUAAUUUAUUUAUUUGGAUUUUUUUCUGUUUAAUGUGUUUUUGUCA